CUUACGAGGAAACAAGGAGCGAAGUAUGUUAAUAAAUCAAAGUAAGAGGACUUCGAUGCAAAAUCCACAGCACGAUGCCUUCCCCUCUUUCUCUCCGGGGUUUCUUCAAAUAUUGAGCGCAGCGCAUUAGGGUUUCAAUGAGCAAAAUCAACCGAUCAGUCUUCCAAGAAGCAAUGGAUCUGGAGGUGGUGGGGCGCCAUGCGCUCCUCUUCGACGACGACGCUGCGGCGUCCUUUGUGAACUCCGGCGAUGCCCUCGUCGAGUGGAACACUCUCAGCAUCGACCGCUACGACGUUCGCAACCUUCUCUCUGGUCCUCCGCCGCCGCGGGUUCGGCGGAACCCUCAGCGGGUGCACUCUCCUUCCGUCGCCUCUUCCCUCGAGUCCGAGCUAGAUCAUGAGCGAUAUCUCGAUCUGCCGCCGGAGUCCCAUGAGCAAGGUAAAUUCGCUUUUCCUUAUAGGAAUUCCGGAUAUUGGGUCGUAGUUUGGUUUGGUAGGAAACAAUUUAUUGUAAACUUGUACUGGUAGAAAUGGUAUUAUGAGUGUUUCCUGGAAAAAAGCACGGGAUUUAUCCAUUUAAUGGUGUUUUCCGUGUAAGAUAGCAGAAGAGGUUGAAAAGUAUUUGUUUAAUUAUUUAAUUGAUAAACCUUUGAUGGAAGUAUAUUCCCUGGAAAACUUUCACUAUGUUUGAAACUAUUAGGUCUAGCGGAAGGAAAAGAUGGAAACGCAAAUUAAGGAUUGAAGCUUUUUUUGCCUAAUUUUUUUGUUAGGUUGGUAAAUGAGGAGUAAUGUUUAUUAUAAAAGCUAAAUUCACGUUUAACUCAUCUUUCCGUAUGAAUAUCUACAGGGAGUGUUUGCAUAAAAAAUUUUGUUUCUCUUUGAUUUUGCCUUGGCCUGAAAAAACCCAGUUCCAGACUUAGUAUUAGUUUUAUGGUGUUAAUGCAUUUAUUUGUAGUUUUUCAUAUAAGUUUGAUCCUAAUAUUCUUUUUAUUUUUUAAAAUUUUUUUUUGGCAUCAGAGGGCAUUGCCUUUUUAUAAUAAAAGUAUUCAAUAUGGCAGUGACAUCGUUGGAGCUCAGGAAUUGAGUUACAGGUGUUAGAAGUUUUAGGUUUAUUUUGUGAGGAGGAUUGUACAUAUAAGGCAAGUGGGUAAUUGAUUAAGUGCAGUAAGAGAAAAAUAUGAGGAUCUUCCAUUCAUGACAUUUAUGGUGUAUGGUGAAUAUACUAUAACUGUCUUUAAGUAUGUGGCUUAAGUGUCCAGUUCUGCAUUGCAUUAUUCUGUCACAUAUGCCAAGCUGCAUGCAUCUAGCUUAUAGGCGUUGGAAUAUCUAUUCUUAUUUUCAUUCAACAGAUGAGUUUGUCUGGGAUAGAGCUGUUAUUUAUUUUAUAAAAAUUGUGAAAAAAAAGUUGUUGUAGUUUGUUUUCUGCAGAAAGUUUUAUGCAUGCCAUCCUAAUUGCGAUUAAAUGAAACCUAUUAAUUGCUUUUUAACUUUUUCCCCUUUAAUAGGUUUUAUACGUGUUUUGACUGAUACAAAUGUUACAUAUUGGCAUAUUUGUAGAUUUGUUAGUAGCUAAUAUGUUGAGUGGUAUUAACAGCAUGACCGGUUUGACGACUAAACCCCAUAUGAAAUUUUGUUGAGUAAUGGGGGAAUUAUGGUGGAAUUAUAGUUGUUUGAAGGGCAUUAUCUAUUUUUAUGUUCUGAAUUGAUCCAUGGGACCAAGUAAUUGGAAUCUAGACUCUAGUUGGCAAUGGUAAUAUAUUUCUUUUUUAUACGUCUCUGAAGUUUGCAGGGGGGAAUCUAAUUUGCUACACUUGCACCUCUUGGGGAUGAGUAAGAUUAUCUUUACCUUGCUCUGGUAUAUUGUUUUGGAUCCUUUUUUAUAUCUAUGGUGAUCUUCUAAUGGUUAGUUAAGUUGUAAUUCUUGUGAAACUGUUAAUGCUGACCUGCCACUUAUAAACUGAUUUGGAUAUCUUCCUUCUUAUCUAUAGAAUCAAAUGCUGGUGCAGAACUGGCUGCUGAUACAGGCAGUUACCGUGCUGUUGCCUUUUCAUAUGGAAAUAUUGAUGAGUCUACUGAUCAAAAGAAUCAUGAUGCUGGAGUGGGGAAUUCUGGCUAUCGUCCACCCUUUCCUGUGCCUGAAAGCUUAGUUCAUUGCCUAUUUUCAGAUGCUCGGAGCAGGGAUCGAGUUCUUGUGAUCUAAGGUUGCCAUUCGUGGGCACCUUGUUUCCUUUUGAUGUCAUGACAAAGGGCUGUGCAGGUGGGAUUAGGGUAUAUAGAAUUUUUCUUUACUUUAACCGGCAAAACAUUAACUGCCUGAGAGCAAAUUGGAUGAAACAUGUCUUCAUAGAGUUUGUUGCUUGAUCAUUAUGGUGUCCAGAUAUAUGUAAGACUCAUUGGGUUUAUCUUGGUAUUACUAGUAAGCUUUGCCUUUUAUGUUAUAUAACUGGUACGUUGAUAUUAUAUGAAAUUUCACAUUGUUGAAAAAAUGCGCCUUCCUUUUUGUCUGUUUUUUCAGCCUCCGACUGAGAAAGCACAUCUGAUAAUUGCAAGGACUGCUUUAUUUGUUGGUAAACAUGGUGGACAGUCGGAAAUUGUUCUGAGGGUGAAACAGGGGGAUAAUCCAACAUUUGGCUUCUUGAUGCCUGAUCAUCACCUUCAUGCCUACUUCAGGUUUCUUGUUGAUCAUCAGGAGCUCUUGCAGCCUGGCAUUGAUGGAAAAUCUGAAAAUGAGAAGAAAAUUGAUUCUGAGUACAAUCAGACAGAUGGUGUUGAGACCGGAGCACUGUCCUUGCUGGGAUCUGUUUAUGGGUACGGGGAGGAGGAGGAUGGUGCAGUUGGUAAUGACCCACCAGAAUCUAAAGAUGUGCCUGCGAAAACCCUUGAUGCUAGUGGUGCAACUUUUGAUGCUGAGAAAACAGAAUCUUCCAGGAGUGGAGAUCAAAAAGAUGAGGCAAUUGCCAAUCGUCCAAGCCCUCCAAAAGAAAAGGUUCAAGUAUUAAAAAGAAAUUCUUUCACGAGUGCAUUUAAGUCUGGAAGUUCAAAUGGUGUGAAAAAAGAAGGUGAUUCUCUUGGUUUACCUUCUAUCCCUCUGGACAAGUCACUGUCUUCUGGUACACAGAAUGUGUCUAAGGUUGAACUAUUGAUUGUGGAGCCUCCAUCGGAGUUAAAGAGAUUGAUUGAUAGGAUAGUUGAGUUCAUUUUAAAAAAUGGAAGGCAGUUUGAGGCAGUGCUUAUUGAACAAGACAGCAAACAUGGGAGAUUUCCAUUCCUUCUGUCAUCUAACCAAUAUCAUCCUUACUAUCUAAAAGUUCUCCAGAAAGCUCAAGAGUCAAAGUUAACCUUCAAGAGUUUCAAUUUCGAGAAGGAUGAUUUGACGUUGCGGAGGCAAGACAAGAAAUCUACCCAAUUGAAAGAAAGUAAUUUGUCCUUAGGGUCUGCUGGUUCUGAUAUACCAUGUGAUUCUGACAAGAAAGAGAAGUUCAGGAUGGUAAUUGGAAAGUCGAAGAAGGAUGGACAGGACCCACCUUCUAAAACCAACCAGCCACAGUUUGGAGUUAGUGUUGAUGCAGCAGCAGCAGCUGCUAUUCUUCAGGCCGCCACUAGGGGAAUUAAGAAUCCUAAUUUGGGACUUCUUUCGGGCACAUUAUGGAAUGGUGAAAAACGCAGCCGUAACAGUGAGGGUGAGCAGGCCUCGAUCUCAGGCUGCCACCUUUCCCCUCAUCCAGAAAAUAUCAUCCAAAAGCCUAUGCAAAAAGGAGAUCCGGGUGUUCCUAUCUCAGCUGGGAUAGCUGCCGCAAAGACCGGAUAUCCUGAGGCUGCAGAUCAGGCUGACUCCCCUGAAGCUCAAAUGAGUAAAGAGCAGAAGCUGAGAGCUGAGAGGCUAAAACGGGCAAAAAUGUUUGUGGCCAUGCUAAAGACUGGAGCUGUGCCUUCCAAAUCUGAUACCACCCCGCGUAGCUUAUCAGUAGAACCACAAGACAGUGCAGUUUCUGGUUCUGGUGAUGUGGUUGAUAAUCUCGCUGGAAAAGAACAAGACAGCAGCUCCAUUCCUCUAGAUGUUGGUACUUUGGAUAAAAAAGAGAAAUCUGAGAAGAAAUGUUCUGAUGAUGAAUAUCAUGAACGAAGAUCCAGGAGGAAAUACCGAUCAAGGUCUAGCAGACAUGAAGAAGAAAAUGAAGAUGAUGAGGAAGAAGAUGAAGACCACAAACACGUCAGGAAGAAGCACCAGUCUCAUCGAUCUUCUCGCGAUGAAGGCAAAGAAGAAGAUAUGGAGGACCAGGAUCACAGGCAUGCAAGAAAAAAACACCGCUCUCAUCGUUCUUCACUUGAAGAAGGCAAGGGUGAAGGUGAAGACAGAAGGGAUCACGAGCGCUCUCGGAAAAAGCACCGGUCUUAUCAUUCAUCACAUGAGCAUGAGGAUGAGGAUGAGGAUGAGGAAGAAGAUUAUAAAGAGGAAAGGCAUCACAAGCGCUCUAGGAAGAAGCACAAAUCUCAUCGCUCUUCACAUCAUAGUAGGGAAAGGCAUAGGCACAAAGACCGGCAUUCGUCUAAAAAAAGGGAAUCCCGACAUAGCAGAAGGCAUGAGAAAUCAUCUGAUGAUGAGCAUCUUCAUCGCAGUAGUUCUGACAAGCUUAAGAGGGCUUCUCACUCAGAAGAAGAGCUAGAGGAAGGGGAGAUCAGUUCCAAAAUCUUGGAUGCUGGUCAAGAAGCUUCCAAGGAUGUAAGGAGUUCAGAUCAAAGUGCGAGAGCUCCUCUGAGCCAUCCAGAGGUACCGAAGUUUCUGAUGAUCUAAGAGCCAAGAUCCGAGCUAUGCUGAUGGCAACACUGUGAGUUUGCUAUACUGUAAUCAAAGUCUGCAUUUUGUUUCAGUUUGUCCCCUCUUGUGGAUCAUAUUUCCAGACUCUUCUUACUGGUGCUCUCUCUCCCCAUUUUAUAUAAGCACAAUUAGUUGUUGGUUUGCUCAUUAAA